AUGGUGCAACUGCAGAGCUAUGAUGUAGCUGCCAUCACGGAAACGUGGUGGGAUGACUCACAUAGCUGGAGUACUGCACUGGAUGGAUACAAGCUCUUCAGAAGAGACAGGAAAGGAAGACGAGGAGGAGGGGUGGCCCUUUGUAUUAAGGAGACUUUUGAUGCCAUAGAAAUUGAAACUAAGGAAGAUGGAGUUGAAUGUCUACGGGUAAGAAUUAAGGGGAAGGCCAACAAGGCUGACACCCUGCUGGGAGUCUGUUAUCGUCCACCCGACCAGGAAGAAGAGGUAGAUGACCUAUUCUAUAAGCAGCUAGUCUCUCUCCCCUUGCCCGGUCGGGCCAUGCCCCCGGCCCGCCCCCGGCCCCGGGCGGGGCUGCAUCGUGCCCGGCCCCGGGCGUCCCGCCGCGGUCUCGCCUCCGGCCGGCUCUGGUCGUACUGGCGGUGGCGCUGCUGGGCGGGCAUCCGUGCCUGGGGCUGGGGCGGCAUCGCCUCCCUUUGGCUCCGCCUGGCCCGAGCCUGGCCCCGGCCCCAGCCCCGGCCCCGGCCCCGGCCCCGGCCCCGGCCCCAGCCCCUCCCGGGGCCCGCGGAGGACACAGGCGGCGCGGCCGCUCCCGCCGCCUCCGCUGCCGCUUGCCCGGCCCGAGCUCCGCCGCUCGGCAGCGCGGCCGCCGGCCCCGAGCCGCCGCUGUUCCGCUGCAGGGAGCGAACGCCUGGGGAUGGCCGGCCUGAGGCGCUUGAGGGGCGCUCGGGGGCCGUUGCCGCCCCCGGGCCGAGCGCUGACAGCCGUGUCCCGCCGGCAGGGAAGGCGCAGCAGGGCCUGAAGGAGCAGUACCGGCUGGGCUCGCUGCUGGGGCGCGGCGGCUUCGGCAGCGUCUUCGCGGCCACGCGGCUCUCGGACGGCGCCCCGGUGGCCAUCAAAAGGGUGCCCCGGGAGCGCGUCCGGCACUGGGGCGAGCUGCCCGAUGGCACCAGCGCACCCCUGGAGAUCGUGCUGCUGGCCAAGGUGUCCACUGGCUUCCCUGGUGUGGUCCAGCUGCUGGAGUGGCUUGAGCUCCCCAACGACGUCUUGAUGGUGCUGGAGCGCCCGGAGCGGUGUCAGGACCUGCAGCAUUUCAUUUGGGCACGGGGCUUCCUGCCCGAGGAGGUGGCGCGGGAGCUGUUCCGCCAGGUGCUGGAGGCCGUGCGGCACUGCACCAGCUGCGGGGUCCUGCACAGGGACAUCAAACCAGAGAACAUCCUGGUUGACCUGGCCACCGGGCAGGCCAAACUGAUUGACUUUGGCUGUGGCACCUACCUGCAGGACACAGCCUACACUCACGUUGCAGGAACACAGUCAUACAGCCCCCCGGAAUGGACCCACUUUGGCUGGUACUAUGGCAGGCCAGCUACCAUCUGGUCCCUGGGCAUCCUGCUGCACCAGAUGGUCUGUGGAGAGCACCCUUUCAGGAGGGGCCAGAACAUCAGCUGGGACCAUCAGCUCUCGCUGCCACAAGGGCUCUCUCAAGAGUGCCAAGAUCUGAUCAGGCGGUGUUUAUCCAUGCUGGACUUGGAAAGGCCCUCAUUAGAAGAGCUGCUCUGUCAUCCUUGGAUGCAGGAUAUUCAUCUGCCCUAG